AUGUCCGAAAGCAAAGAGGCAGCAGGGUCCAGUCAACCAGUUGUCACCAUGGAUUCAUCAAAUAUCAUCAAAGUGACUGUGAAGACCCUCAAGCAGAAGGAGCAGUUUGAGGUUGCUCAGAGCAGCACCAUCCAGGAGUUUAAGGAAGAAGUCUCCAAACGCUUCAAAACUCCCCCUGAGCUGCUGGCACUGAUAUUUGCUGGGAAAAUCCUCAAGGAUCAAGACACUCUGAGCCAGUAUGGUAUCCACAGUGGGGUCAGCAUCCACCUUGUCAUCAGGUCCCAAAAGAGACCACAGGACAGCCUGGCAGAUCAGUGUACUGCAACCACACUGAUGCGAUCUCCCAGCCACAACCUGGAUCUAAACACCAUCAACAACAACUUGUUUUUGCUAGGGUUUCUCAUUGGGGUGACAGGCAUAAAUCUCAUAGGCCUGGACUCAACAGAUGUGUCCGACUUGGUGAGUAGAGUUCAAGAGCGAGAUGUGUCCUUGCAUGGCCUGGUAAGUGAGAUAAUGCAGAGCUCCUCUGUGCAGCACAUCUUUGCCAAUGCCGAACUCGCCAGGGACUUCAUCAUGUCCAACCCUCAGGUGCAGCAGCUGGUUGAACAAAAUCCUGAGAUCGGCCACAUUCUCACCAACCCACAUUUUAUCAGGGAAAUAUUAGAAGCCUCCAGCAGCCCUGCCAUGAUGCAAGAGAUGAUAAGGAACCAUGACCGUGCCCUGAACAACCUUGAAAGCAUACCUGGUGGGUACAGUGCUCUGGAACAGCUCUACAGGGAAACUGAAGAGCCCAUGUUGGAGGCUGUGCAGACACAACUGGGAAACAACCCAUUUGCUUCACUAGACAGUAACUCAUCCCUGAACAGAGCCAGGCUGCCAGCCUGUACUGAAAACCGGAGACCAUUACCCAAUCCUUGGGCCCCUCAGUCAAACAGGGCUAGUGAUAAUGGAAAUGACUAUGAUGGCCAUAAUGCCUACAACAGUGCAGACGACAGUUUUAUUGUGCUGAAUUUGGGGCCUGCAGCAGGUGCAGUGGUGCCCAGCUCAGGAGGGAUUCAGAGCAUGGUCCAGCAGCUAACAGAAAACUCAGAACUCAUGUACAACCUGGAGAAUGCAUUAACAAACCCCCAGGGCCCAGCACAAAUGCUGCUGAAUAACACUCAUAUUUUAAGUGAUGGAAAUUCUCAACUGCAAGAUGAAAGGACACAGGAGCUGCCCGCGGAGAUGGAGAACACUGAGAUUUCAUCCUUGCUGAGAAACCCUAGAGCACUGCAGGCUUUGCUACAGGUCCAGCUAGGUUUACAGACCCUCUCAACAGAAGUUCCAGAUUUUAUACUUGGUUUGGGGGACCCAGAUGUGGAACUGGAUCUGGAAAGCAUGGAAGACUCUGCAAAGAGCAGCGAGUCUGAGGAAGAUGCAAGUCUAGUGUCAGACAAGGAUGAAGCAGAAAGCCAGGAGGAGAUGGACGAGCAAGCACCACAGACCAGAUUUGGUAGACAAAUGCAGCAGCUCAGUGCCAUGGGCUUCCAGGACCAAAAUGCAAACUUGCAGGCUCUGAUUGACACUGAAGGAGAGGUCAAUGCAGCAGUUGAGAUACUGACAAAAACACAGUCAUCAAAUGAGGUCCCAUAA